AUGGGAUAUAUGAUUUCAAAUCCUGUUUCAUCGAAGAUAGAUGAGGACGACAACGAGUUGUCGUCAAAGCGGAAUGUCAGCUUAGAUGAGCAGCAGCUCGUGUCUGUGGGAAUGCAGUCAUCACGAGAGGCUUUGGAGGUGGAUGAUCUCGACGAAAUUCUUGCCGGCGAUCUAGACUCGAUUGAGUUCGUUGUCCUAUUCUGUUAUAAAAUCAGAUACGAAAAAGAAGAUCCAACAUUUGAAAAUGGAGAUCCCAAUGUGGAUGAGACGACAGUACCUCCCGCAGAUACUGUCAGUGACUCUCCAACAACAUUAGAAAAUAUUGCGCGGAUAAGAGUAGAGGAGCGAAAACCUAUCGAACAGCCGCAGUCUUCGGAUACGAAGCUUCUUGAGAAACUUCUCAGCAAAGGUUAUGAUUGGAGAGUAAGACCACCAGGUGAAGAUGGUUAG